UGAUUUUAAGAGAAUAAAAGAUAAGAAAAAAACACAAUCCAUGAUCCACUAAGAUGUGAUAUAUUCUCUUAUUCUCUUACAUCCUAUAAACAAAAUCUCUCUCUAUAAAUAUCACCUCUCACCUCAACCAUUUCUCACACAUCCUCCUUCUUCUUCUUCUCAUUCUCACCAACUUCAUACAUUCUUCUAUUUUCAUCUCCCAAGAUGCAUUACCAAACAGAAUCAUGGGGAACCUAUCACAUGAACCCAAGAACAUCCUCCACAACAAUGAUGGGUGACCCCUUAGAACGAAUAGAGAGACUAGCAUCAGAAAAUGCUGUUGUGAUAUUCAGCAUAAGCACAUGCUGCAUGUGUCAUGCAAUCAAGAGAUUGUUCUGUGGAAUGGGUGUGAAUCCAGCUGUUCAUGAACUCGAUGAAGAUCCAAGAGGCAAAGAACUUGAAAGGGCACUAAUGAGACUACUUGGUACCUCCAAUGUUGUCCCUGUCGUUUUCAUUGGUGGGAAACUCAUUGGUACUAUGGAUAGAGUCAUGGGUUGUCAUAUUAAUGGUUCUCUUGUUCCUCUUCUCAAACAAGCUGGUGCUCUUUGGCUUUGAAAAUUUGAGGUUUCAUUUCAUCAAAGGCUCUUCAUUAUACUACUAGUGCUAUUUUAUCAAAAGUAAAACAAGGUUGAGGAAGAGGAUAAGUUGGUUUUUUUAUGAGACUCUUCAAAUUCCGUUUUGGAUUUUUUUAGUUAAAAAAACAACCUUUGUGGUACUUUUGAGUCUUGUUGUGUUUUUAUAGUUUAGUUUUUUUUUUCAUGGUUGGAAUUUGGGUUUGUCAUGUUUUUCUUUAAGGUUUCCUUCCUAUGUAAAGACAAAAAGCAUAUUGGAAGAACAAAAAAUGAACUAAUUUUACUAUUUA